UUUUAGGCAAAUAACUGCUGUGCAUGGCCGGAUUUCAAAGGAUUCUCUUCUUUGGACGUCCUCAAAACCAUGCUCACAGAAAAACGUGCCCUGCCCAAUUCAAGCCACGUAGAGCGCUGGUUGGUUAACCGCCACCACAGUGGCUGGACCACCUAAGCCAUAAAAAACGACUACAUAUAAUACUGCGACUUCUUCCAAGGGGCAUUUAAUUUUUUCAACAGGAGUGACGAUCAUAGAGCCCACUUCAUUCUCUUCGUAUAACCCCCUUUUUAUACGCUGUUUUUUCUUUUUCUUUUCCUACCGCAGCUGCGUGAAUUCUACGUAUAUCAUCAUCAUGUCGCAAAGAUUCGGUGCCUCGACUCUCCACCAGCGCGACUCGCGCAGCGCCCUCUUCGCAGGCUACACGGGCGAUCAAUCCCAGCGAGGACGACCCAGCCCGUCUCCCUCUCCCAGCGCCGGCGUAGGGGGAGGUUACGGCUACAACAGCUAUUCCCCUUCGAAUGGAAAUCCCUACGGCGGCACCCCUUCCAGCGCAUAUCGAACCGCGACGCCGAACAAGAAGGGGCAGUACAGCGACGCGGUGCUGAACGAGCUGGAGAGCCAGAACGAUGAGCAGGUGGCGGGCAUUCUGGGCAAGGUCAAGGUCCUAAAGGACAUGACCGUCGCAAUUGGUGACGAAAUCCGCGAGUCCUCCGCCCUCGCCGAGAAGAUGAACGACACCUUUGACUCGACGCGCGUGCGCCUCCGCGGCACCAUGAACCGCAUGCUUAUUAUGGCGCAGCGCAGCGGCGUCAGCUGGAAGUGGUGGCUGCUCUUCUUCUUCGCCGUCGCCAUGCUGUUCAUAUACGUGUGGCUGUUUUAGAGAACGAACUGAAAAAAAAAAAAAUUCUCAAGUUCGAAUCAUACGAAGUGGCGCGGUGGAAAUGCAUUCUACUUGUUUUCGGCCCACGACAUACUUCUCCCUCUUUCUUAUACGGUAUUCACGCGAUACGAUGACGUUUCUGUCCUAGUCCCCGUGGCUGCGAGCAGAAAAACAGUGCAUAUUCUCUGCUUCUUCUUUCUGGUUUUUCUCUGGAAGACAAUUUUCUUCUUUUUACAAAGGUGCAUCUUGGGUUGGCGUUUUUUGGGGGGCGAGUUUUUGCUGCCGUUUCUGAUUAUCCUUUCUCUCUCGCAAAGGAAUACAAUGAGCUGCAUGAUUUGUAAGGGGGAGGUCUUGACUGUGAAAUAAAAGCGAGUGGAAUUUUUUUUUAUACAGGCUAAGAGCUAUUUAUGUAAAUCAUUUUAAUAUCAUCAAGAGGCUUACUACUAGGGCUACAAUUAUUUGUCUUUCAUAUGUAUUCACAUUUCUC